CGAGAACGAGCGUGCUGGCCGUUAGCAGCCCGGCUGAGGGGAGCCCGCGGCUGACGGGGCUCGGCGCUUCCGUAGCGGCCGCGGAGAGCUGGGCCCCUUCCUCGGGCCCAGCCGGCAAAGGAUCUCGCUUUUUUGGAGGAAAGUCAGCUUUUUUUCUUUCCUCUCAUCCGCUCAAGGUGCGAUGCCGCCCAAGGAGCGCGGCAGGGGCAAGCUGCCUGUUCCUCUCCCGAGAGACAUGAUCCUGAAGGACACCGAGGGAAAAGUGUGGAGGCUGGGCAGCCAGAUUGGCCAGGGCGGGUUUGGCCUGAUCUACUUAGCUUCCCCUCAUACUCACGUUCCAGUAGAAGAUGAUGCAACGCAUGUAAUUAAAGUGGAGUAUCUUGAAAAUGGCCCCUUAUUCUCUGAACUGAAAUUUUACCAAAGAGCUGCAAAACAAGAGCAAAUAAGAAAAUGGAUGAAUCUCAAAAAAAUAAGAUGCUUAGGAAUCCCAGUGUUUUGGGGAUCAGGCUUGGCUGAGCACAAGGGAAAAAGCUAUAGAUUCAUGGUCAUGGAGAGACUGGGGGAAGACCUUCAAAGAAUCUUUCAAGACUGUGGAAGCAGAUUUAAGAAGGAGACUGUUCUGCAGCUUGGGGCACGAAUGUUGGAUACCCUGGAAUAUAUACAUGAAAAUGAGUAUGUUCAUGGUGACAUUAAAGCAGCAAAUCUGCUUUUGGGCUACACCAAUUCGCAUGAGGUUUAUCUUGCAGAUUAUGGACUUUCCUACAGAUAUUGUCCCAAUGGGAACCACAAACAGUAUCAGGAAAAUCCUAGGAAGGGCCAUAAUGGGACAAUAGAGUUUACCAGCAUAGAUGCCCACAAGGGAGUAGCCCCGUCCAGACGAGGUGACCUUGAAAUCCUUGGCUACUGCAUGCUGCAAUGGUUAUGUGGGAAACUGCCCUGGGAGCACAACCUGAAGGACCCCGUAGCUGUCCAGACUGCAAAAACAAAACUUAUGGAUGAGCUCCCAGAUUCGGUGAUGGAAUGGAAUUCUUCUGGAAGCAGCUGCAGUGAACUGUCCAAGUUUUUGGUGCGUGUUUAUGGCUUAGCUUACGAUGAGAAGCCAAAGUACCAAGAGCUUAAGAAAAUCUUGCUGGAUGGACUAGAGUUGAGCGGAACUCGCUACGAUGGCCCGCUGGAAUUUUCCACUGCAGGACGCCCGCAGAAUCACUGUGCCGCUAAAGCGUCAAAAGUUUCCUUACCAAAGCCUGUGCCAAAACCAGCUCCGCAGAAGCAAAAAAAGAAGGAAAGUGAGGAAAACAUCUGUGAAAACAAGGCCCGGACCGGAGCAACAGGCAGACUGCUCCACAGUGAAGAGAAGCCAAGUCACUUCAGCUGGACGCUUCCCCAAACAGAGCCUCAGCAGGUUCACUUACCAAAGCCUUCACCAAACGCAGUGAAACAGAAGCAAAAGAUGAAAGAGGACGCCUCUAAGCACCCAGGCAGGCCCCAACCUCAGAUAACGCACAGGAAAUCCCACGCCGAAGAGAAGCCAAUGAAACUGAACAGCACCAUUCAGGAGAACAGCCCACAGCAGUCUGCUGAUCACUGCCUGGAGACUCCAGUACAAGCUAGGAGAGUGAAGCAGAAAAAGCACAGCUGUACCUGAGAGCAUCAGGCAGUGAAGUGGUGAGCAGAACGAUGUUUGGAGAUGUCUUGGCUGGUAGCAACGCAGUCAGAUUCUGAAAGGUCUCUGGAGUUGUGACACAACACAACUUUUUUCCCUCUGGAGAUGCUGAGUGCUACUUCAUAAUCCUCAAAUGUAACCUUUUAAAGAUACUGGCAAAUAAAAAGAAGUAGUGCCCACCCAAUCUCUUUUCCUCCUGUAUGUUUUGUAUGAAGGCUACUUUUACUUCAGAAAGCAGCAGAUAUGGGAGGAGCCACAUUUGGUUUUCCCACAUGACACUGGGGGGAGGAAAGUGCUGGUGUCCUCAUAACAUCCCCUGUUCACUUGAACAACUGGACUGUGGAGCUUGACACCAGAGUUGUGUUUCCCUCUUCUUUGUGGGAAGAAAGUGCAUUUUAAAUAACUGCAUCUGAUCACGAGUCUCAUAUUUGGUGUAUACAUUUGCCUUGAUUUCUCUAUUCUGAAAGAGAAGCUGCUGUUGCAGUAUAAUAAUGGUGCAUUGCUGUAGAAUGGUUUUGUAGCUCUCACUGAAUUUAGUGCUUAAAAUGAUACAAGACACUCUACUCACGUGAGGAACUGGGCAUGGAGAAAAGGGCAGGACUGCCUUAGUUUCAUACUUCAGACUUCCUCUUAAUUUCUUUCAUGGAAUUUAGGAGAUGAGUACAGAAAGCUGUAUUCCAUAGUAGUGAGGUUAGGAAACUUCAGAAGGAUGCUUCAUGUACAAGGGUGGGGGAGGGGGAAAACAGUGGCUAAUGCAGGAACUGGAGUGAUGAGGGGCAGUGUGUGUCAAGGGAUCUCCAGAGAGCAAUGCCAAACCCUUUACAGUGAGGCAGGGGCCUGGAGUAGCUAACUAACUGCAGGCACCUUGCUUCAGGGCAAGGAGAGAAUGGUCACGCUGCUGCUGGUACUGGUAAGAGAUGAUGCAGUGUAAGGUCUACAGACAGAGCUUGGUGGAAAAGUUCUCUCUCUGUGGUUUACCUUCUGAGGGAAGUACAUUCAGAAAAACAUCAUAGGGCUGGGACAGUGACAAAAAGGGAAGAAAGGGAAGUGGGUCUGCUUUGGAUGGUACUGCUGGAAAGCUGUUAGAUAUCAACAAAAAGGAGAAACAGUUCUGUGUCACGAGGGGACAAAAAGAGUAGGAGGGUUGUGAGAGACAGGACAUCUGGGAAACAGAGAGGGUGGAAGGCAGAAAUAAUGUCUAGAAAGGAAUAUGGAAGUGAUAAAAUACAGAAGAACGAAAAACUUAAGGGCUACCUUUAUGUGGGACAUCAUAGUUCUCUUCCUAUCAGAUGGGGCCCAGCUUUUAUCAAAGGUAAAAACAGACAUGUCUGUCAUUAAUUUGAAAGAGAAAGAAGGCAGCUGAUAAUGAAGACAUGAAAUUUCUACUAGAAGAAAGAGUUUAGAUUAUGAGUAUUUACUCAGAAAACUAUAGUGCUAGGGUUAAAACACCAAUAUAUUCACAAAAAAUUACAUAUUGUGAAUGCAUAUAAGUUUUUUUUUUAAGGGACAGUGAAAAAUAUGGUUAGCAUGAACUUUGAAGUUCAUUUGAGAAACAAAAUGAUAGUGUUUGGGGACUCAUUUCAGGGAUAAAGAGCAAAAGAGUAAGCUAAGGAUGCCAUUGCUUCUGGAGACCUAAAAAACCAGCUGCCCUGCCCAACGAGAAAGAAGAAGAUGGUAGCAUGAGAAUUCUGCUCUGUGUGAUAAAUCAGAAGUCAGCAUUACUGUAAAAUGCAAAAAGUUACAUGAGUUGAAGCAGCACAUCGGACUUGAGAUGAUUGUCUAGGUUUCCAGGCUUUAUUCAGAAGAAUACUGUGAAGACUUGAAUAUAUUAACAUUUAGGGAAGACAGGGAAAGGUACAGAGGAAUUUCAGCUGUUCACUUCAGGAAUGGACAUAAAAUCUUUAAAGGGUGUUUAAUCAAACCUGUAGUUAUGCACUUAAUAAACAUCCUCAAAUGCAGGAGUUAA